CCCGCGCCCCCUGCCGCUCGCGCUCGGCCAUGGCGGAGGCCUCUGUUGGCCGGCAGAGCCCCAGGGUGGUUCCAUACCCAGCCCGUGGUCUAUGUCCUGGAGAGCCCUCCCUUCAGAGCGCUGCAGUUGUGUCAAUGGGCUCAGCUGAUCAUCGACUGAACCUGGCAGAGAUCCUUUCCCAGAACUAUGGUGUGAGGGAAGAAAGGGAGGAAGAUGAUGCUCAGGAGAAGCAGAAAUCUUUAGAAGAGCUGGAGAAGAGUUUCAGUGCCUCUCAGAGCAGUGAAAUGCCAUUUGAGGAGCUGCUUGCACUGUAUGGCUAUGAGGCAUCAGAUCCCAUCUCGGAGCAGGACAGUGAGAGCAAUGACAUCACUCCCAACCUCCCUGACAUGACUCUGGAUAAGGAACAAAUAGCGAAGGAUUUGCUUUCAGGGGAAGAAGAGGAGGAGACACAAUCCUCAGCUGACGAUCUGACUCCAUCCGUCACGUCCCACGAUGCUUCGGACUUAUUCCCAAACCAGCCUGGCUCAAACAACUUCCUUGCUGAUGAAGACAAAGAGCCAUGUUCAUCACCAUGUGCUUCCUCCAUGGCUGAGGACUCAGAGGUGGAUUCCAUCCCAUCCAAUGAGUGUAAGAAGGAGAUCAUGGUUGGACCUCAGUACCAGGCCACUGUUCCCAUCCUCCGUUUGAACAGGCACAGGCAGAAAGUGCUUUUUCUGUUAGCCUAUGAGAAUGAAGAUCAGCUGCUUUGGGACCCAAACAUCCUCCCUGAGAGGGAGGUGGAAGAGUUCCUGUACCGAGCUGUGAAGCGCCAGUGGGACGAGCUGGCUGGCAGCAGCCUGCCUGAGGGAGAGGUGGUCAAAGACAACGAGCAGGCUUUGUAUGAGCUGGUGAAAUGCAACUUCAAUGCAGAAGAGGCACUGAGGAGGUUACGGUUCAACGUGAAGGUUAUCAGAGAUGAGCUUUGUGCCUGGAGCGAGGAAGAAUGUAGAAAUUUUGAGCAUGGCUUUAGGGUCCAUGGGAAAAACUUUCACCUUAUCCAAGCCAACAAGGUCCGCACGCGGUCGGUGGGCGAGUGCGUGGAGUAUUAUUACAUGUGGAAAAAAUCAGAACGUUAUGACUACUUCACUCAGCAGACUCGUCUAGGAAGGAAGAAGUACGUCCUCCACCCUGGAGCCACGUGCGUGGAAUAUUCUCACACUAAAAUUAGUAAUGUUAACCUCCCCGUGAAGAUUCCUGCUGCAAAGCACCUCCGCUUAACAGACUGCGCUUUCUUCUCCAGAAGGGAUUUCACUGACAAUGACCUGGAUGGGGUUGAAGUGGAAAACACAAAUCGUUCUCGGAGCUCCCCACCAAUUCCCUCUGCAGCUGGCUGCCUGGAUGCUCACUUUGGGCAGGAUCAGAUGGCAAUUGAGAGCACAGAGCCCCUGAGCGUGGAGAGCACAGCCUGCAGCCUGGGCAGCAUCAGUGAGUCAGGGCAGGGCUAUGAAUGCAGCACCCCCUCGGAGACAAACUGCUCCUUUGACCCCUCAGAGGAGACACCCUCAGGGGCUGUCCCUGUGCCCUGCCCACGUCACUCUGUCACCCCCUCCGAGCCCGAGCUCUUCGCUUUGCCACCUGCGGCACCAGGACUGGCAGAGAAGCAGGAAACGUUGCAGAACUCUGGUGAGACAAUAACCAUGGACUUCACUCUCCCUGCAGACAUUAAUGAGGGGUUGCCUUUAAUUGCUGGAGCUGUGGAUUUGGACAGAGACCCCGAGGCAGUGGUGGCCCCUGCUCAAGUGUCCUUAUCGGUCACAGAUUUCGGUCUCAUCGGCAUCGGAGAUGUAAAUACUUUCCUGACUGCUCACCAGGCUUGCCCAGCACCUGUGGCUCACUCAGAGCCUCUGUCACAGUGAAAGUCUCCAGUCACAAAUUUGUCACAGACCCAGCAAGGACUUUGACCUGACUGAGUGAAAUUCUGGAACUUCCACUGUCCUGUAGGGACAGUUUGGAGCUGUCGGUCGGAAUCCGUCUUUCCAUCCUCCUCGAUCCAAGGCUACAGUGAAACCAAACACCUUUCUGCUCCAGUGUAUCCUGACGCAGUUGUGCAAAGUGGUGGCUGGCUUUCCUGAGUGGGGAGGUCCCUCACCCCCCUCCUGUGCUGGCCAUGUGUCACCCUGGGUGAUGCCAGUCUGCUCAGACAGUCCCUGCCUCGGGAUGGGGACGUGUCCCUUGGCCCCAGAGGGACAGUCUGAGGUGCUUUGAGAAGAGAGAUGUGUCACCAUCAUGGUGAGGGUGCAGGCUGGGGGUCUGAGAGCCUGGGAGGGCUGCAGGGCAGUUUCCUGCAGAGAUGGGCACGGUGAUGCCAAGGGAGGCUGAUCCUUCCUCCAUGGGCAGCGUGCUGCAGAAGGAGCCACUCACCCUGUCCUCCUCCCAGCAGCCAUGGACAGGACAGACACACAGCUGCUGAUGGAUGGAAACACUGCUGUGAGCAGUGAGUGUGGGGGUCAUGCUGCUGACAAGUGCUUUGGAUAUGCUGGAGGGGGGAAAAUAAUCUAGGACAUCUCCUAUCACCUGUGCACAGCCCCUGGGACCACAGCAGGCUCAGGGAAGGGGUGGCCUGGCUGGCAGUGUCACCUUGAGUCCUGCCUGGGACACUAUCCCAGGCUUUAGAGAGAGGAAUGGGACAAGCUGGGCUUUAAGGACCAUGACAGCAGCUGGGCUCUCAUGCCAGGAGCUUUGGCAGCAGCCACAUGUUCUGACUCUCCACCAAAUGCAGGUGGGACAUGGCCUGGCCCAGCCCUUGGGCAGAAAUGUCAGGUUUUGGAAAGGGGAUGCUGUGUGUGCAGCAGCAUCGUGUGCACUCAAGUCCUUCUCACCUCCCUGUGCAGUGCUGGGCCAGGGAGAAUUUCUGUGGGGAGGAACAGGAGGUUGUGGACUCAGAGUGAUGCUGGCCAAGAGCUGCUGCUGCUGCUGGCAGGGGGUGACCUGAUCUUGUCUGGGCUGAUCAGCCAGAGGGUAGAAUGCAGGUGAAAACAUCUGUAACUUCCCAGUUUGUUCCAGCAGUUAGUCAGCAGAGGGAUGAGGUUUGCUCAGCUCCCAGGGUGUCUGGGAUGUGGGUGCCAGCACAGUCCCACAGCAUCCCUGUGCCACAAAACAGGCUGUGCUGAGAGGAAAGUGUGUAUUCUCUGCCAUGGAAGGUGCCAGGUGCUGUGCAGAGCCCCAGGAGCCUGUCCUUGGCUGUGCUGGAGUCCAAAGCUGCUUCAGUUCCCAGGUGUGUUGCAGGGGUGGGGUUGGCCGUGGCUCAGUUGUUCCCAUUCCCCUUUUCCCAUGCAGGGAAUUCUCUGCACUCACCUGCUGGAUGAAGCUCUCACAAGAGCUGUGUUUCCUCCAGGUGUGCUCUGCAGCUGGGAAGGGGCUUGGGUUGAGUGUUUUGGUGGAUUUGGGGCU